UCCUCCCCCUCCCGGAGAUGGAGGAAGAGGAGGCCGCGGAGGGGAAAAUGAAGCAGUUCCACGGCGCUGUCGCGGUGGGGGUCGGCGGGUCCCUUGGGGCGGCGCUGGAUACGGAGCGCGGCCGCUUCCCGUACUGCGUCGUGUGGACGCCGAUCCCCGUUCUCACAUGGCUCUUCCCCAUCAUUGGCCACAUGGGCAUUUGUACUUCUGCGGGAGUCAUCCGAGAUUUUGCAGGGCCUUACUAUGUCUCUGAAGACAAUAUGGCUUUUGGAAAGCCUGUGAAAUACUGGAAGCUGGAUCCCAACAAAGUCUAUUCCUGUGGUCCCAAUGCUUGGGAUACAGCAGUACACGAUGCCUCUGAGGAAUAUAAGCACCGAAUGCACAACCUCUGUUGUGACAAUUGCCAUUCUCAUGUAGCUCUAGCCUUAAAUCUCAUGCGAUAUGACAACAGUACUUCCUGGAAUAUGAUCAAACUUUGUUUUUUCUCCUUGCUCUAUGGAAAGUAUGUAAGCAUAGGAGGCUUUGUGAAGACCUGGCUCCCCUUCUUCCUUUUUUUGGGGAUUAUCCUGAUAGUCAUCUUGACUCUUCACAUGCGGUGAUGGAUGACAUUGGUGUGUUGACCCACCCGUCCACCCACCCACCCACCCUACCCUUUUCCCCUUUGAAGUCAAGUGAUGGAAACCCGUGGUUUUCCAGCCUAGGAAGGCACGGAGCGGCGUGGUCUGGAAGCCCCCGGAAAAUAACUCCAUUUGUAUUUUGUAAUAACAACUCUCCUAUUAUCCUGCGGGACUCUUGUUUGGAUGAGGAGGAGGAGGAGGAUUUCUUUCAACAGACUUGACUUUGAAUGUUUUGGGAUUGGGAAAGGAGGGAGAAUCUUGCAUUUUACUUCUCACCAAAACUCCUUUGUGACCAAAGGUUCCCACGUGGAAAUCCACAAUAGGGUCUGGGUCAGUAGGACAACGAGGGAGGGUUUCAUUAUCCUUGGGUUAGGUGCCUAGGUUGGUGGUAACUUUCUCUGAUCUCUCCCAAAGAUGAUUAAUGGGCAGUAAAUGGAAGGUGGCUCUCUGUGGCCGCUGCCCUGUGGAAUGGAGUUAUAUUUGCUUGCACUGAAUGAUAGGAUUUCCAGUAGUCAUGGUUAUAGCACUUUUUUUCCAGCUGGUGGCCUCAAAAUGGAAGAAUGACCCCCUUGGUAUAUGCAGGGCUUUAUGUAAGAUGAGAUUAAUUUGAAUUUCUUCUUGUGCAGACAGGACUUUAACUAAGGAUGAUGCUUGUGCUGUUGUUUUCCUCUUGUCCACUGCACAGAAAGUAUAUCUUUUUGUUUGUAUGUGUAUUCUUAAGUCUAGUCUCAUAGGAACCAGCAUUUGAAAGGCAGUUGAUCUUUGUUACGUUCUUGUCAGCUUAAACUGCCCCUAUCACAGUCCUGGUAAAGAAUGUAAGCUGCUCUCUUUGAUAGGCUGUUCUUGAGAAUUCUGGUAAGACUUCCUAAUUUCCUUUAUAGAAUUGCAAUUUCCAAAGUCCUUGCUCUACCUGGGUUCUUCAUACAUUCUAUUGUGCCUUGGAAGUCACUGGAAACAUAACCCACAGCCAUUAAAUGCUUCACCUUUUAUAGUGAGUGUUGGAUGCUGGAAGCCAUGCCAGCAUCAUGUCUGCUUUAAGGAAAAGUGGACCAUUCCUUCUAGGGCCAAGCUUUUCCAUGCUGUAUCCAGGUAUCUGAAAAGCAAUAGCUGCUCAGAUGAAUUUUAACUUAAUUUGGGCUUAUAGCCUUGCCUGUUGUGCGAAGAAAGGGGCAGCCUCUUCUUUUUAACGGAAGGUGACCUCAAAGACUCCUGGGCUCUCCUUUCCUUUCCUUUCCACCCUUGUCGUUCCCUUGCUACCCUUCCUCCUUUUGUUCCUCCCGCAGUGCCAAAGAUUUGCACUGUGUAAAAGAGGCACCUGUGGCUUAGAAAGUCUUCUUGGGGGUCUUCGCUGUAUUCAGCCAUUUCAAGCAUGAACGGCGGCAGCUGUAGAAAACUGAUCAAUAAGCUCUAGGCUGAUUAGAGAUCAAAGGUCUUACAUCAAAGUGACACCGUGUGGUGUUCCAUCAAGCUAUUCCUGAGCUGUUUCGCUUACUUCUCAGCAGGGAUCCUAGUUCUUAUAGAAAUAAUAGACUGAGUUCACUGAAUUGAUAACGCACACAUACUCAUUUUUUCCCUCUUUUAUUUUUUUCCCCUCUCAUAGUGACUUGCCAUAAAAAAGCUCCAGGAAGCCCCAGCAUUUCCCAGACCUGGAACUCAAAGCCAACUGUCUUUCUACCAUAGCAUUGAUCUAAGCUCAUCUUUUCAAUCAGUUAGAAAGGGCUUGCCUGACAUAAUAUGACUGUACAAGCAUUACCAAAACGGGAAGCUUGCUGGAGGAGCAAAAAAAAUCAUGGAUGGUCACUGCUCUCUGUCUCUCUCUUGUUCUCAGCAUCUCUUCCUCCCCCUUCCCUUCCCUUCCCAUAUUUUGGUCCUUACAGUUUUUUUUUUAAGUCUAUAUUUGUGAACAGGCCAAUUAAUGAUAAAUAGGGAGGCUCAAAGGAGAAGAUGGCGUGAUGGGAGGGACCCAGUGAGUCGAAGGCUCAAACCUUUGGAAGAGCUGAAGCUGCAGAUGCAGCUCAUCUUGCUUGUUUGCUCACUUGACUAGGAAGGAUUUCCUAGUUGUGACUAAGGGGCAGUUCUGGCCAGUAGAAGAGUGUGAUUGGAAACAGCUGCCCUAUUCUCCAUUUCCAUGAAAACAUACAAGUCACACAUUGCUACCACAUCUAAAAUAAGUUCGUAUAUGGCUGUUAAUAAAAAGCUACAGCCUUUAUGGCAAAGCAGAUGUGGGGUGGUUUUACCCUACAUCAUAUUUGCAAUCCUGAUUUAUCUGGCUUCCAAGGGAUUGGGGGGAGCUGAAAAUGAGUUUGCAGGACCAUGGAAAAAUGUGACUUAAGCAAGACAGGAGUGGGGUGAAUGUGUUGUAGUCAGAUUGAAGUUUCUAGCCUUCGCACAAUCAUAUCUCACUUAAAUAUAGCCUAACCUAAGUUUCGUCAUAUAUGUUGGCCCUUCUUGUCCAACAGCCACAUGAUAACUAUUCAUCUUCAGAUAACUAUGUUGAUGACUUUAGGUCUUAAUUGUGUUUUAAAAUUCUUCUGUGGGAAGCGCCUCCGGGUAGGAAUUUUGGCGGUCUGAAUCUUGAUUGGAGCCUGCCUGCACACACUUGCACACAGCCCCUGACUGGAGUUCAUUGUGGGGGUCAAUAGGAAAAAAGAACGCCAUAUUGGUUGUGUAGAUGGAGUGAGAAACCUGUAUGCAAUGACAUGGUCUGCUAUGAGCUCUGCAUCAAUUUUGCAUUCACGUCUGCCUUGCAAUGUCUUGGAUAUAGGAAUUCGGUAAAGUCCAAAGUACUUUGCAAAGUUUUCAUCUUUCAUUCUCUACCUUUUCCUUUACAACAUUUCAUUUGUGUUAUCUUCUGUCUUCCAUUUUUCCUGUUGUUUAGGCUUUCACUGCAGAGCUCCAUCAAUUUUCCCCUGUUCGUUCUUUCCUUUGCUGGUGUUGAGCUAGAUGGUCUUCUAGUCCAGUUGCUCGAUUCCUUUGUAAAGCCCAAACUCUGCUGCUGUAAUUUCAUAAUCCCAACAAUGGUGAAAAAUAAAUGCAUUUCUGUGUACUCUGGCAA